AUGGAAUCCGUCACGCUAGAGGCCUUGCCUGCAGAGAUCAAAACUGCCAUUUUAUAUGCAAUCACAGAUCUUGCCUCCUUGAAUGCUGUAGUUCAUGCCUCUCCCUCCUUCCACGCGUUGUAUCUAUCACAGCGAAAACAACUACUAUCAACUGUCCUUGAAAGAUGCCUCCAACUACCUGUCAUGGUCGAUGCGGUCGCUGCGUUGAUCGCCUUACGCGGGUGGCAGGAAAGAUGCAAAGCCCCAAAGGCUGCUCUAGAGGCAGCUGAUGAGUUUCUGAGCAAAUACAUUCCCCUGCGUUCAAUGCUGGCACCCCCAUACUCCUAUUCUGCCUAUGAACACCUAGAUCAGGAGUUGGACGUUUAUCAAUCAUUUGCCUCUUUGACGGAAGAUGAUCUAAUUGAAAUGGCUCGACUUCAUACUAUGGUGGAGUUCAUCUUAAAAGAGAUGGUCCACUCAUUCCUCGAGCUUAGGCCAGAUACGCAAAAGCCAAAGGAGGAGAAUGUUGCAUUAUCACCACCAGAAACAUUUCGGAUGCAGCGAGCUCUCUACCGGCUAGAAAUUUACCGGCUCUUAUUCAGUACCCGGGGGCUUCCAUGGUUUGAAGAGCAAGAUCGGCUUAGCGAUAUAUAUGUCAACUCUGAUGACCAAUGGAAUCUCUUCCUCAGUUUGUUCACACCAUGGGAAAUGGAAGAAAUCCGAUGUGCCGCGAUGUAUAUCUUUCGCGUAUAUGAAGAACUGCCGGGGGCGACUGAAUUUGAUGAUUGGUGUGAGCUCUUUCCCGGUGAGAAUGAAGAACCAUUAUCUCAUCUUUAUGACCAUGGUAUAAACUCCGACUAG